GAAAUGAGGCUGGGCCGAGCAGCUCGCGCGCGCUCCUUGCCCUCCCUUCCCCUCCUCCGCCGCCGGGCGCGCGCCGGGCGGUGCAGCUCUGCCGGGUACGAAGACAGCUCAGCGGCGGCGGUAGCGGUGGCCGCGGCUGCGACCGCGGCGGGAGGGGUCCGGAGCCCCGCCCCCGGGGAGGAGCCGUCCUGCAGGUCUCCUCCCUGUGUUCCACAGCCCCAACUCCACGCCGGGAUGAAAUUUAGCGGCGAGAAGGACGCAGUUGACGCGACGUUAGUGGACUGAGACUGAGCCAAAAACCCGGGUUCCUGUGCCAGCAAGAUGCUGGAGAGGGGCGCAGAGUCCCCGGCCAGGACCACUGAUCCUAGUUCCACUGGCAAGGAACCGGUGACCAAAGGAGGAGUUCCCCACCAGGGCCCACCGCAGAAGCCCAGCCAGUCGGCUCCAGGGCCCAUCGCGUCAGGGGGCGCGCCUUCCCGGCCCCGCCGGCGGCCUCCGCCCCAGCGCCCGCACCGCUGCCCCGACUGUGACAAGGCCUUCUCGUACCCGUCCAAGCUGGCCACGCACCGGCUAGCACACGGCGGCGCCCGACCCCACCCGUGCCCCGAAUGCCCCAAGGCCUUCUCCUACCCCUCCAAGCUGGCAGCCCACCGCCUCACGCACAGCGGCGCCCGCCCGCACCCGUGCCCACACUGCCCGAAGGCCUUUGGCCACCGCUCCAAGCUGGCGGCUCACCUCUGGACCCACGCGCCCACCCGCCCCUACCCGUGCCCUGACUGCCCCAAGUCCUUCUGCUACCCUUCCAAGCUGGCAGCCCACCGCCACACGCACCACGCCACGGACGCCCGCCCCUACCCUUGCCCGCACUGCCCCAAGGCUUUCUCAUUUCCCUCCAAGCUGGCCGCCCAUCGCCUCUGUCAUGACCCCCCCACAGCUCCGGGCAGCCAGGCCACAGCCCGGCACCAAUGCUCCAGCUGUGGCCAGGCCUUUGGCCAGAGACGCCUCCUGCUCCUGCAUCAACGCAGCCACCACCAGGCGGAGGGCCAGGGGGAGAGAGAGUGAGCUGUCGCGUUGGCUCACUAGCCCCCUCUGUCGCCAGCUUUGGUCAAUAACGAGGUGGGAUUUCUGAGCCCGGCUACGUGAGCUUGCCUGUACCAGACAGCUGGCAAGGAGAAACCGGCCAUUUAUACUGGGCUCAAAUUUAGAAGCCCGAGGAACUCUUUGCUCACCUGCUUUGGGGAGGGGAAGGUGUCAGCCACAGAGUUUUAGCACUGGGUCCCAAAUGAUGGCUCUGGAGCUGUGGUUUGACAGCGCUAGCUCUGGUUCUCCCCACCCACUUAUAUGGCAAAGGUCUGCUAGCAUCCUGGGUUGGUGAGGAUUGUGGACAAACAGGCUCUCUCCUUAUUGUUGUCGAAAGUUUAAAUUGGUGUCUCCACUUUGGCCAUAUGACUUCAUCUAAAAAGUUUAAAUAUACACAUGCUUGUUUCAACCAUUCCACUUGCAGGAAUUUAUUCUAUAAACUCACACGUGAAAAGGCAUAAAGGCAAGGAUGUUCACUGCAGUGUGAUGGUUGUGGCCAAAGAUUGGAAACAACUGAAGUGUCCAUUAAUAGGAGACUAAUUCAUGAAUUAUAAUAUAGCCAUGGAAUGGACUAUGUAGCUGUAGGGAAAAAGCACUAUAUAUGUACUGAUGUGGAAAGAUUCCCAAGAUACACUAGGUGAUAAAAGCAAGAACAAAGGGUAUAUAUACCACUGGCAGUAUAAAAACAUUUAAAAGCCCAAGCUUCAGAGCCAUUCCUGACCCACUUCUUAUGAGUGCCAGGGUGUUGGCCAAGCUUUGUCACUUCUCCAGACUCAGAUGCCUUAGCUAUAAAAUGGGGGUGUUACAAGGCAUUUGUAAGGGGGCAAAAGCAUUACCUUGGGCAGCUAGUUCCCCUUGGCCACCUGUUUCUCCCACUAUAAACUAAGGAUGAAUGAACGAACAUUGGACUGCUCUUUGUUCCACAGAUAUGUAUUAACCACCUACUGUGUGCUGGGCCCUGCAUGAAAUGUUAGUGGCACAUUAAUUAAGAGAGACCUGGUUUAGUGAAGAAAGUGCACACUUAAAAAAAAAAAAAACAGCAGCAGCCAAGUGCCAAGUCCAUUUAGAAUAACAAGUAGGGGAGGCUCUCUCCCCCACAGACACAAGAAUUAAUACAAAGCUAUAGUAGUGAAAUUUGUGGUGUUGGCUUGGGAACAGGCCAAUGGAAUAGACUGAGAGCUCAGAAACAGACCCGUAUUUAUAUUGACAUAUGACAUAUGACAAACUGUUUGUAGAUCAGGGGGUGGCAAACUUUUUCUGUAAAGGGCCAAAUAGUACAGACAGUCCCCAAAUUACAAUUUUUCAGCUUCAUGAUGGGUUUAUCAGGAUGUAACCCCAUUGUAAGUCAAGGGGCAUGAGUGCAUGUUUUUAGGUUUUGCAGGCUGUACAGUGUCUGCCACAAUUAUUUAGCUCUGCCACUGUAGCAGAAAAGCAGCCACACACAUUACAAUACAUAAAUGAGUGUGGCUAUGUUCCAAUAAAACUUUAUUUAUAAAAACUGUAGGUGGGCUGGAUUUUGCCUAUGGGCUAAUAGUUUGUAGACCCUUGAGGUGGAUGAGUGGGGAACAGACAGACUAAUUGAUAAAUGGGGCUGAGAGAUUUGGAAAAGAAAAUAAAUUGAAUCCCAUGAUGGACAGAAUAAUAGUCCCCCACAGAUGUUCACAUUCUAAUCCCCAGAACCUGUAGGUUAGUUUACAUGUGGCAGAAGGGACUUUGCAGAUGUGAUUAAGGAUCUUGUCUUGAGAUGGGGAGAUUAUCCUGAUUACUCAGGUAGGCCCAAUGUAAUCACAAGGGUCCUUAUAGGGGAAAGAGGGAAGCAGAGGAGUCAGAGAAGAUGUGAUGGUGAAAGCCGAGAUUAGAGUGAUGUAAGGCCCCAUGUCGAGGAAUUUGAGCAGCCUCUAGAAGCUAGAAAAGGCAAGGAAAUGGAUUCUUCCUUAAAGCCUCCAGAAGGACUGCAGCCCUACAGACACCUUGAUUUUAGCCCACUGAGGCUGAUUUUGGACUACUGACCUCCAGAACUAUUAUAAAAUAAAUUUGUGUUGGUAAAAGCCAUUAAGCUUAUGGUGAUUUGUUAUAGCAGCAAUAGGAAACUAAUACAGAUCCCUAUCUCACACCACACAUAAAAAAUAAAUUUUUGGUGAUUUAAGAUCUAAAUUUGAAGAGCAGCCAGGCACAGUGGCUCAUGCCUGUAAUUCCAGUAC